CCGCUGGCCGUGUCCCCCGCCGCCGCCCCCGGGGGCUGCCCGUCCGCCUGCUACUGCGUGGCCACCCCGGAGCUGGUGCAGUGCCGGUACGAGAGGUUGGAGGAACCGCCGAGGGAGCUGCCGGCCACCGUGCACAACCUCAGCAUCGCCGGCAGCAACCUGAGCGUGCUGCACCGCGCUGCCUUCGCUGCCCGCCCGCUGCCAGACCUCCGCCUGCUCCGCUUGCGCCACGAUAACAUCCAAAUCAUCGAGGACAUGGCUCUGCAAGGGUUGCCCGCCCUACGCACCCUCGACCUGAGCCACAACCCGCUGCUCUCGGUGGCCGCCCGCGCCUUCGCCGGCUCGCCGCUGCUGCGGCCGCGGCAGACGAACCAGGCGCUGCUGGCCGCCCCGUUGGAGGAGCAGCUCGCCUUGGCCCUGCGCAACCUCAGCCUGCGGCGCUUGGAGCUGGCGGGCAACGCUCUGCGGGCGCUGCCGGCCGCCCUGCUGCCCGCCGGCCUGGAGGAGCUGGACCUGCGUAACAACUCGCUGCAGCGGCUAAAAAGCGCGCGCGGCCGGACGGCCGCUGAGCUGCGGAGCCUGGAAGCGCCGGGGUUGCGGGGGCUGCGGCUCACCUUGGGGGCCAACCCGCUGAGUUGCGACUGUGCCCUGCGCCCGUUCCUCGCCUGGCUGCGCGUCACCGCUGCCCGCCUGCCCGAUGCCCGCAGCCUGCACUGUGCCGGACCACCGCCGCUACGCGGGGCCACCCUGCUGCACCUGCGGCCCGAGGGGCUGGCGUGCGCGGCCACUGAGGGCGGCGAGCCCGGUCAGCUGGAGACGGCCUCUUACGUCUUCUUCGGCAUCGUGUUGGCCCUCAUCGGUAUCGUCUUCCUCAUGGUGCUCUACCUGAACCGCCGCGGCAUCAAGCGUUGGCUGCACAACCUGCGUGAGGCUUGCCGCGACCAGAUGGAGGGCUACCACUACCGCUAUGAGCAGGACGCCGAUCCCCGCCGUGCCAACGCCAUCGGCACCCCCGGCCUCUGACGGCAUCCCUGGCCUCUGCUGCCAUGCCGCCCCUCGACGCCUCCGCUCCCGGCAUCCGCCUCACCUCAUCCCCGUUCCCAUCCCCUUGCCAUGGCACCACCAAAAAUCAGCUUCUGAGGACGAGCCGGCCCUGGGGUUGGGUGCUGGGGUGCGUCAGAGUGGGGUGCACCCUCCCUGGAGCGCUCCGGACCAGCUCUCCCUGCCCGUGCCCUAAUCGACCCCGUAGCGCCAAUUCCCACAGGGGACUGGGCUUGGAUCCAUUCCCCCCAUCCCAGUGCCCGCGGGCAGGGGGAAGCGCAUCCAGAUCGGCCCCGCGGGAUGCCGGCACGAGCAGCCCCGGUGCUCCCGGGAGGAUUAUGAACUGCUUCCCGCGCCUCUUCUCCAGCGGCAGGUUUCUUCGGCGGACUGCGGGAUGCCACGCUGCCGGCGGGGCUCGGCACGUGAGUGUUUGCUUGGCACAUCCCGGGAAGCAGCGGGCAAUACCUGAAACUGUCCUCCUGGAUGUUCCUGGAGCCUGGACUUGACUUUGACCAUGUACAGCUCUCUUUCCUAUUAGAUUUGUAUUUGACAGAUGCAAAACUUAACUUGAUUUCUUUUUUUUUUUUCUUUUUUUUGCUCCAAACACAGAGGAAAACACACCGUCCAGCCGCUCCCCCCGAGAAGCGAUGUGCUUUUCCGAGCCCGUUUAUCCAUUUGGUUUUGUUCGAUGACAUUUCCAGCUCUUUCCAGGCACAAAACGAUGCAGCUGUGUAGGAAACGCCUCCGCCGGCUGCGUGCAUGUUCCCCAGGGCAUGCGGGGGCAGCCCUUUUCUGACUCUAAAAUAUAUCCUAGACUAGGCUGUCUCAGCACUUUGUAAUUUAAAACGAGCGAAGCAAAAGCUCUCGACCUAGUUCACCCGCCCGUGUUUGCUUUAGAACCGUGCCUGUUACUAUAUCCUAGAGCAAAUAUAUUGAAAGCUGCAUCCACUCUAUCGUCUAUUUUCUAUAAAGCUUCUUGCAAUGA